AUGCGGUCUAAAGGAAACGGCCGGUCCGCGCAGGACCAACGACCGCAACAGUCACAACAAGACCAGGACGCCUCCAAGCCAGAAGACGAUAUCCCCGCUUGUCAGUCCUGCCGAAAGAAAAAGGCACGAUGUAGUCGUGAGCAACCAUGUUCACAAUGCGUGCGCUUUGAUGUCGCAUGCGUUUACGAUGACCGUCGGUUGAAGCCUGGGUUACGCGCAGGGGCAGUUGACCAGCUCUAUCGCCGCAUUGAUACACUGGAGAACAUGUUUCUCGGGCAAAGUGUUUUAUGGAAGCAGGUCUGGGAGGCGCUCCACCCUAAUUCUGCCUUUCCUGGCGCCGCAGAUGAGGAUGGCCACAAUGAGGAAUCCCCGGGUAGACAAUUUGUUCACGCCCGGGAAGCCAUAAAGAAGUCAAUGCUACAGCUGGCUGAGACCAAGAAAACGGCAGGGUCUUUGAUAGAGGCAGAACACAACGAUGAUGGUGAUUUUAGGUCGUCAAAGCGACGAAAGGUCGAUGUGGUGUCGACGACACAGCAGCCGGUACGGAACGGGACAGACUUCGACAUCCUCAACUCUGACAUAGUGAACGAUCUCGUUGAAUUUUACUUUGCGAAUAUCCAUCAUUGGAUUCCAAUUCUACAUGUUCGAAUAUUUCGUGAACAGAUUCAGACUUACAAGGGACGCCAGAAGGCGAUAUAUAUCUUGCAUGCUAUUGUGGCAUUGUGUAGCCGAUUCUCUGAUGACAGUCGCCUGGGAAACGAUGCAGAGAAAGCCGAACUAGCAGAAACAAGUAGGCAGAAGGUUAUCUUGAGCAGCAUGGAAUCAUUCUCGGUUGAGAACUUACAGGCUUUAGUAAUCAUUGCUUUUGACACAUUGCUAAUGUCCGUACUGAUCGGUCGUGGACGCGGUCCGUCCUCAUGGUCCAUCGUAGGAGGUAUGGCUCGCACAGUAGAGCAGCUUCAGCUAAGCGUCGAAGAGGAGCAUCUUUCAAGUCAUUCCCAAUCUGGCGAGACAUUAAUACGACGCAUGGCGUUUCUGAAGCCAUCCACCUCUUGGAGAGAAGCGGAAGAAAGGCGACGUGUGUUCUGGACAGUGUUCUUAAUGGAUCGCUUCUGCAGCGUAUCCACCGGUUGGAAUAUCAGUCUGACCAGUGCAGAUGUCAAACGGCGACUACCUUGCGAAGGAGCACUCUGGGAGCAGGAAAAUGAAGUAAAGCCGCCAUACUUUGGCAUCUCGGAUGCAAAGGCCGCUAGCCCCCAUCGCCCUUUACUGACAGAGAAUCGAAUGACGGCUGAUCCGAAAGAGCAAGAUUGUAUCGGAGGGUUCGCUUACUGCAUCGAAGCCACCGAGUCUCUAGCAUUAGUCACCAACUUCUUUCUUCACCACGCCCUUGACAUCCGGGAUGUAGACAAAGCACAAUUCUGGCUCAUGCGAUUCAAGGAGCUCGAUCUCCGGAUGGUCCAAUGGAAGCUUUUUCUACCACCAAAGUGGCGGGACGCGUCAGUUCUUAACGCAGACGGAAUCAUGGACCCUAAUCUUACUCUUGCGCAUACAACACAUAAUACAGCUGUAAUACUCCUCCACCAAGGGAUCGCCUAUCCGCCCUUACACUGGCAGUCCUGCCCCGUCAAACUACCUUCAACAUCAUCGGCAGAAACAUGUCUCGAAGCUGCUUCGGAGAUCAGUACGAUUGGCCAGCAGUUUCUUCUUUGCUCUCCCAUCCUCACCAACCCCCAGUUCUCCUUCUGCCUUUUCAUUGCCGGUAGGAUGCUUCUCACGCAUUCUAAAUACUACGCUACUCCGAUACCCAAUUCGUUGGAUUCACUUAUUGACAGCUUGUUCGAAAUCUCCCGGCGAUGGGCAGGGCCCCAGAAUGUACACGACAGCCAAAAGGAUAACCUCGCCUCAGGCUUUGCUAAGCGAUUGGUUUCCGCAAAGGACAACCUCCCUGCACUAUCGAAACCUAGCUUAGAUAUCCGACAGACAGCAUACUCUGAAGGUACUGAUGAUAGAGCACCUUCCAAGCAUGUAGAAACCGUCUCUACACCAACAGUACUCGAACGCUCCUCGGUGCUACCAAGCAAUACGUACGGUGAACCAGAGCCCCCACUGCCUAUACCCGAUAAUCACUCUGACACCUCGGUUGGCUUGGCGUUUCCUCCUCUUCCCUUGUCAUUCCAACAAACUCUCCAGAGUUUUACCGAUGUAGAUCCGUUUGGUAUUUCGUUAACGGACCGGGACCAGUUUAACCCUCAGCCGUCCCAUGUGCCGAUCUGGAACAAUGCGACAAGUCCUAUAUACACUAAUGCCCCCAUUUCAUUUGGCUGCGUAUCACCGGAGCAUCUACAGACAACCCUCAGCCCUGGACAGAGGAUCAGUCGCUAUGGUGCAGUGGAAGUGGACCAAGCUGCUGCCAUGGGAGAGAAUUCCAGACAUCUUGGGCACAGUAGUUAG